GACUCGAUAGGGCCAAGAGAGAGUAUCGAAUCGGCUUCAUCGGCGUCUCGAUCACCAGUUGAUACCCCGUCGUCUAUCUCAGGGACGCCAGCUGCCUCGACGCAGCCAUACCGCUAUCCCAAUCCUGGGUUCCUCGGAAUUUCGAGCCACUCUACCAUUUUCAAUCAUGUCUUCCCUGGUGACGACUUUGGUGCUGCCUUUGAUGCAAACUCAACCCAGCAGCCCAGCUCCGCCUCACCAAUCGAUCUGGUCGGCAAUCAAGUUGUCAUGGACAAGGCAAUGCAUGCCUUGUCGCGCCUGGAGAAGAUGGACAUCUCCAAAAUCAUACCUCUUAUUCGUUCUUGGCUUGGAAGGGGAGUAAACUUGCCAUUGGCGGGCCCCAUUGUUUCCGAGUGCUUGUGGUCUGUGGAAAAUUGGAAGAGGGUGCUUAAUCCGAUGGCCGACAAUUCCGAAGAGGCUGAUGGCCCUGGCUGCGGUAUCACGAGUGCUGGCUAUGUGGCAACCCUGCUGUCCAAUUCACUGAAGCCUUUCGUAUUGAGCUCUGAAGUAACAAAACAGGAGUUCCUCGCUCAGAUGGUCGGGUCAAACUUGAGGUGGGAGACUUUGGGUAUCUUCUUUGUCGCCGCAGCUAGGGCGGCCUACGACCACCCAUACUUCCCGCCACUUUACACAACUAACGAGCAGCGACGAAGACUCAUGCAUGCAUUGACUUAUAUUGGGGAUUACUGUUUGGAAACAAGCCUCUCUCUUGAUUGUCUAAAUGAUCUUCAGUUGAUUUUUCAGUACGAAAACUUCAUCGUGCAUUCGCAUUUGGACGGAGAUCAGAGCUACCAUUCAUGGAGACGAAUAGGGGAUCUUGCGAGCUCUCUCUUUGCGCUAGGUUAUCACGAAAACAUUGAGAGGAGCAACUUAAAUGUGCCCCCUUUCAUCAUCGAGUUGCGGAAGGCAUGCUUCGCUCGAAUUUAUACAGCGGACAAGGGCUCGGCUGUAUUUCUCGGACGGCCUCCACGAAUAGUGAAGGACUAUUGUCACUUCAACAUACCAAAAGUAAAUGAUGGAUGGAUUGGGGACUAUUCUGACAAUGAAGGGAUGAUUGCCCAACCUGAGCCCAUCAAUUAUAAUGCCAAUACACGUUGUGUCGCCCGUUUCGCGUUUUUGAAGGAGGAGGUGCUACAACUCUUGAGGAGAAAGAACAUUGCAGAUGUCACCAAAGACAUUAGCGAUUUACAUGAACAGAUCGAAGCGCUGUGGCAAGAUUUGCCGAGUCAUUUCAGGCUCUGUACAAGUCUCAGAGAGUGUCGACAAGAUCCAUUCGAACGGGACUUCUUAGCCCAUAUCAGGCUAGAUUAUCUGCAAAACCUGUUCCUUCUGGGGCUUGUUUCCCAACAACCCAUCUCCGAGCCCAACGACGACCUAUUGGACGUUGCGAUAGAAAUGCUAUCCAUCGUAGUUGAGGUCAUCCUCCUGCGCAACCAGCUGGUCAACUCUGGGACGUGUCUGAUUUGGAAAGUAGCGCAAUACGGGCUACCCGCUGCGGGUGUCAUCUCGCUGGCGCUAUUGAAGGCCACUGCAUCUGACGUGUUUCUGCACUCGCGGUCCAAGAUGAUUCAAGACCUCAGCGUUCUCGUCGCCGAGACGAGGACAGGGGCUUGGAUCCAGGCUGGCGAACCGAAUUUCGCGUUGUUUACCCGCGCAACUGGAACGAUUCAGACAAUGCUCGACUCUUUGCUCGCUGCGAGACCAACAGCAGAAGAAGUUCAAACGUCAGAUGAUGCCCCAGUCGAAGUCUGGGAGCCUUACGCCAACCAUCAGCUGUGGGACUUUGAGAUGGAAUUCUGGUCUAAUCUCGCAGAGCAUCCUACUCUUCUUUCUUGA